AUGUCUCGAAACCGCCCUCGACCUCGCGACAAUGGACUAGGGAACAACGAGGAAAUGGAGCUGUGGACUCGCAUAUGCCAGGACAUCCGCAAGUCCAAAGAGAAGUUCGACCAACAAGCUUCCUUAUCUGUGCAGGUUAAAACACUGGUAGACAGGAUCACCCGUGAUGGUAAACCCACCAUGAGCGACCACGACCAACUCGAUGCAUGGCUGCGCCAAAGCCAGAAACUCAGCGAAGAGGAGCGGUCAAUCAUGCAGGACGAGCCUUGCGACGUGAUCAAGAAUCUCGAACUCCUCACCGCGCUUCGAAAAGCGUCCGAAGCCGAAGCCCCCGGCGGUCGCUCAAACGCCCUCUCCAAGUCUCGAAAAAAGAGGUCCGACAUGGAUAGCUCAGCUGCCGACUCCCCGAGUGCCUCAGGCGCCGAUAAGUCAAGUCGCUCCAAGGGUGGGGUCCCGCGUAGCGCGAGCGUGUCAAGCACCCAGGCACGUGAGAGCCGCGGAGACCCCGUGACAGUCAAGAUUGAAGAAGGAAGCGAGGGAACUAAGGGAACUGCGGCUGAGCGCAGUGGGAUUCUCCAGGUUGGUGCACAGGUUGUAUUCAAGCACAAUAAGAACAAGCAGGGUGUGGAAGGGGAGGGUAUUCAGUGUAUCAUCAAGAACAUAUCUGGCGAUGGACAUAAGAAACGGUGGUACGAGGUCCAAGACCCCGAGCCGAAUGAGAAUGGCGAGCAGGGUGCUGUCUACAAGACAACCGCAUCGUCUCUCAUUCCUAUUCCGCAGAUGGGAUCCUCGAUGUCUGCAUUUACAGUCGGCAAACAGGUCCUUGCCAGGUACCCUGACACAACCACGUUCUACCGCGCGGAGGUGAUGGGGGCGAAGAAGGAAGCUUAUCGCCUCAAGUUUGAGGGGGAGGAAGAUGACAAGGAGAUGGAAGUUGACCGUCGCUACGUCUUGGAUAUUCCAAACAAGUAG